AUGAGCCUGGCACAACCGGUUUUGUUCCGCAAGCUGGCGCGCGUCUUGGCCACAGCCGCCAUCAAAGCCGUGGGCUCAGUCUGGGUGAAUCCGGUGGAGGACAUUCAAAACGGCUUCACCGAAUAUUUUCAGCAGCACGGAGGCUCUGAAAACCAGCUCUAUGCCACGCUCAUGGAGAUUUAUCGCGUAUGGCCUCGUCGCUGUCAAGUCGUCAAAAAGACGAACGUGUGCUUGCUCUGGACCCGCUCACAUGGUACUGCCUCGUCUUCCGCGACGCAGUCCAUCUCUGAAUGCCGUCGGCUCUCGGUUCCGAACAAGACCACGCAGCCCCAUUUACUCGUCCAGUUACGCCUCGUUACUGAAAAGGUGGUGGCCGCAGCCACGGCGGUGCUUGAGUCCAGCACCGAAGACACCGCGUUGCUGCAAAGCACACUGGCAGCCAUGGCCGAGUUUGUCGAACGACUCUCAUCCUUGCGCCUCUGCACCCUUGCAUACGAACACUCUUUCUCAUGCGGGCCGCCUGGCAAUGCUACAUUUACUCCGUUCAUGAAGAAUGAUCUCAGCAGCCAGCUGCAACGCACCACCCAGCUUCUGAUGAAUGAUGACCUAUCCGAUGCAGCAGCAACCUAUCUAGUUGCAGUCUUGAGUCAUGAUCAUGCAAGAACGAUGCCAGAUCUUUGGCUAGAAAUGAUGCGCUAUCUCAAUUCUACUAGGCCAGUGCUGCAGCAGUGCCUCCAUGAGGGGCGAGACGAUGUUGUGCGAGGCAUCAUUCGUGUGGCCUUGGCAGUGGGAGAAGAACACGUUCAUAAGCUCUUGUCAUCGGAGAGUCCAGACAUGCAGCGCGAGUUUGGCCUGCUCCUCGAGCUUCUUGCCGCUGCUGUUGCGCAUCCCGAACCAUAUUUGGUAGGAGAAACCAUCAGCAGCUUGCCCACCAACUUUUGGUUCAAGUUUGUGGAUACUUUGGCCUCUUUUGACGAGCAGCUCGGGCCCAGACUUUGUGCAAGCUACAAGCCCAUAGUUUUGCAAGUUGUGGCUGCGCUGGUGAUCAAGCUUCGCUACCCUGAAGAGCAGCUUGAUGCCAAUGAUUUAGAGGACUUUGAUCAGUAUCGAAGCGUCUGGGGUGAAUACAUCCUCUGCGUAACCACUAUGCUGCGCGAUGAAUGCAUCAACGUCUUGGGCUCCGCGUUGGUUGAGGCACGGGAGUCCAAUGUCACGUGGCAGGCCUAUGAAGCAGUGCUGUACUGCACGGCCUGCGCAGCAGAAGGGGUGGAUGCCGAGUGCGCUUCCGUAGAGCAUUUGCUGCAGCUCAUUACAGAUGCGCCAUCACACCCCAUCAUGACGCGAACAGCCAUUCGCUGCAUCGGCAGCUUUGCUGAAUGGUUGGCAGCUCAUGGCCAUGUCCUGGUAGCACUGGUUCCCAUGCUGUACCAGCCCCUGCGCGAUGCUGACCUCGGUGCCGUGGCAUCAGAGUCUCUCCGACUCUGCCUUGACUCUGGUGCUAACCAAGUCCAAAGCAUUUUGGAUAGUAUCCUCGAUGCCAUCUUACCUAUCGUGGAUGAUGCCACCAUCAGUAUCAAAGUUCGCAAGAAUUUGGUCGAGGCAUCCUGCUGUGCCAUCCGUGCUGCGCCCACUGCAACUAUGAUGCGUACCAGUGCUCGCUUGGUGAAUCCUCUCCAUGAGCAAACUUUGGGUUUGCUGCGUCAAAACUUACACGAUCCAGCUACGAUUGAGGCCUUGAUGAGCCAUUUGCAGAUUAUGCAGGCCGUGUCUCGGUGCCUGCAGCCGACCAACCCCGAACCAGGCAGCACCCCUCCACUCUACCCCUUGAUGGAAAGCAGCAUGCUGCCACUGCGUGCCAUUUUCGGUCAAGAACCCGUAAAUCCAGGCUUUGUCAAGGAGGCGUGCAUCUGGCUUCUGUCGGCGAUCCGAACCUUGGGGACGGCAUCAGCGCCACUGUGCGCCUCCAUCUUUGACCUCGUGAAUCUUGUGAUUGGUCGCGAGCCCUCUGAGCGACUCUUCGAAACGCUGGCGGCUUUGGGACGUCUACACCAUCGCAAUCAGGACCUCCAGCCUGUCAUUCACCAGGAGCUCUUGGAUGUAUCGAAGGCCCUUGAAUCUCGUCUAAGCCACCCGCAGCAAGAGGACACAAACAUCUUGAUGGCCUACUUUGAUUUUGUGGCCAAACUCGUGCGAGUUAAUGCCCCUUUGGUGGUGGGCAAUGAUUCAAACUUUGCGAUGUCUCUGUUGUAUUGGGGUCGGCUUGGCAUGCUGCAGCGCGAACCCUUGACUGUGCGCUAUGCUUGUCAGCUGCUCUCCGAACUCAUCAGCAAGAGCAAAGAGACGCCCGUGUUGCAGCAGGCUGUGGCUAGCACGGCCGGCGAGAUUAUGAGCGCCUCCCUGAAUAACAUUGCGACAACAGCCCUCGGCGCUUUCAUCGUUGACAUGGCAGGCGUUCUUUUUGCAUUUGCCUCCACAUAUCGCGACGAAUUCAAGGCAUGGCUUCCCACCGAAUUGGGACAGCCAGCCUAUGCACACGUCCCCGCCGAUGUGCGUGACGAAUUUGGGACAAUGGCAACUUCCAGUUUUGUUCAGUUUUGUCACGCGCGGUGCUUGGGUGUACUCAUCAAAGUCUGUCACCUGGCUUGUCUCAACAAUGCGAUGUUAGCUGCUUUGAAAAAGAAGUUUAAUAAGGCGUUGCAGCAGUUUGCAUCGUACUGUCGCGAUGCACAGGCGGUCAUUAUCGAUUAG